AUGGACACGCUGGUGAAUUACGGGUUCAUGGAUUCCUUCCGCCACUGGUGGGGCAAGAACAGGCUUGCCGAUGCCGAAUACGACGUGCUGAGCUCGUCGCUACCGUUCUACCCUGAGACAGACGGUACACGCGUUGCCAAAGUGGUUGACGUGCCCAUUGGAGAUGAGAAGUUCAUCCACGAGUUUAACGUGAAGAACGUUGUUGCCGGUGAGGAGGAGAAGCACGUUGUGCUUGUGCAUGGCUACGGAGCUGCACUGGGGCUGUUCUACAAGAACUUCAACGGACUGUCUCAGAGGUCCAAUGUCAACAUCCAUGCUCUAGACAUGUUGGGCUAUGGGCUGUCAUCAAGACCUCCGUUGCCCAAAUUCAACGGCAACAGUUUGGAGGAUGUUAAACAAGUUGAAGAUUUCUUCCUGGAUUCCAUGGAGAAAUGGCGUGAAGAGAGAAACAUUGAGAGUUUCCAUCUCAUUGGCCACUCGUUCGGUGGUUAUUUAUCUGCGCUAUACGCGUUGAAAUAUCCGACACGAGUCGAUAAGUUGGUGCUUGUGAGCCCCGUUGGUGUUGAGAGAAGCGUAUAUGAUCUCUCCAUACCAGAAGCGGAACGCCAGAAGGCACACGUCGAAGGCCCCGACGUUGAGCGAGAAGUUGGCUCUCAUUACCGUGACACUGACGAGCACAUCAAAUCGUCGUCCGUACACGUGCCAGAUGAGAACGGAUACGUCUCACGCGUGCCAAAUCUACCCAAACACAUCACAUACCUCUGGGAACACAACAUGUCACCUUUCAGCAUCCUCAGAGUGCUAGGACCAUGGGGCCCAAAUGUCACCAAGAAAUGGUCCUUUAGAAGAUUUGGAGGCACCGGCGACGCUGACAUGACCAUGAAGCUCCACGUCUACUGCUACAACACCUUUGUAGCCAAGGCCUCUGGCGAAUACGCCCUGACAAGGGUCCUGGGACCCGGUGCGCUCGCACGAUACCCGUUGCUAAACCGUGUUCCAAAGCACCUGACUCAGGAAUCGCUUUGGCUCUACGGCGACGUCGACUGGAUGUCCAAAGAGGCUGGUAAGACAAUAACAGAUGAGAUCAACACACACGGCAAGGCACAUGCGCACUACGAUAUUGUCUCGCACGCAGGCCACCACUUAUACCUCGACAACCCCACGGAGUUUGAUUCAAAGGUGUACAGUUUCUUCGGAUGGUGA